AUGGUACACAAAAUUCAACGCUUCGAGGAAUCAAUCAACCCCUUGUACCUGAAUCCCAUAUCAGCCAUCAAUAAACUGAUUCAAAACAAAUUGAAGAGCACAGGAAGGGCGGACUGCAUUUUAGAAUUGGGUGAAGGCCAAUAUGAGUUUGGCUUGUCUUGUAUGCCAUGGAAGACUUCAUUUCCACAUCCUCGAGCUAACCCUCGGAUUACACCAUCAAAAGUGAUGCCUCAACCCUCCGUCCCCAGUAACGUGGUCGCAGGUGCCCCACGUCUAGUCCGAAGCUGUGCUGUUAGACGGGACCUUGUGAGAGAUUGGAACUUUGAUGAAGUUAUGUUGGAGCGCUAG